ACAAAUCUACUUUCACCCUUUUAUUUCAACGGUUCAUUCGCAGAUAAUGACUUCGUUGGCUAUAUUACCUCAUUUAAAGCGUUCUAUCACCGACAUUAUGGAUGAAGAAUUAUACCACUCGCCCGCAUCCCCCAUUCAGUUUAAUACCGCGCCAAACACUAACGCCACGCUUACUAAUCCCCAAGUUCAACCUUCCAGUGCAACCAUGAAUUAUACAACUUCCAAAAACUCGUUUAACUCGUCUCCCAACCCUAAUCAUCAACAACUAUUCAAUAAUCAAGUGAAUAACUUGGGUAACUUCCUUAAUAUACCCGAUUCAUUUUUGGAUCAAAUCAAGUCUCAACAGCAACAAUACCAGUUUCCUUUGGUGGACGAGCAACAGCAGAUGAACUAUAAUAACCAAGUUAAUCCACAACAACCGCAACAGCAACAACCUGAAGUGAACCAACAAGUUAAUCCGUUCACUGAUUAUGGUAACCCAAAUUCAUUUAUUAGACCUCAACAGUUACAACGUAUGACCCCAGCAUCCCCACCUCCAUUACCUCAGAAGUUUCCAACCAGAAGAAGAAGAAGGAUAACCACCCUUGAGAAUGCAGAUGAGUCUUCUACCACUUCAAAUAAAAAGAAGUUGGAUCAAGAAUAUCUUUUAUAUAAUCCGGAUAUAUCUCCAGCUCAUUUGAUUAGCCAAACAGAUUUGGAAUCUUCAUUUUUCAUUCCUCCUAAAUAUGAUAAUACUGACAGCAUGGCUGGUUUGACCAUUAAUGAUGGUAUUAUACCAGGAUAUGAAGAUGACUAUUUGUUUGUUGAUGAUGUUGUAGAAGAUGAGGAUAUGGAAGAGGAUUUGUCUGACGAGGAAGAAGAGGAUGAUGAUAAUUAUUAUCACGUUGAUGAUGAAUUUGAUGAAUUUAUAAUGAAUGGAUAUGCAAAUGGUGUUGGGUUUGACCAAGUAAAUUAUCAAGAACCACAAUCGCAUGUCCAAGAAGAAGAUAUGCAAGUAUUUGUUACAAAUCCCGAGGUUGUUACUCUUGUACAUCCACAAGAUGAUAUGAUGAUUGAUGUUGAGGAACAUGACGAACACAAGCAUGAGCAUGACGUGGAAGAAGACGAGGAAGAGGAUCAUCACCAUUCUUCAACUGAAGAUUCUCCAUCUCGAAAUUCACACAUGUCUGCUGCAGAGAUAUCGGCUGUUAAUCCUAAUCAUCAAUGUGAUUUGAUUAAUCCAAGUACUGGAGUUCCUUGUAAUAAGCAAUUUUCACGUCCUUAUGAUUUAAUCAGACAUCAAGAGACUAUUCAUGCAUCUAAAAAGAAGAUUUUUAGAUGUGUGAUUUGUGAAGGUAGAUUUAAUGGUGGACCAGGUAAUGGGAAGCAAAAGACCUUUUCUAGAGUGGAUGCAUUAUCUAGACAUGUUAAGGUUAAACAUGGGUUGAUUGGACAAGAUGCAUUGGAUUUGAUAAAUGAAGCUAAGGAGAAUGUCGAGUAUGUCUCAGUAUGAUAAAGGUAAUUUUUUUAAUGUUAAGUUUUGGGUAUUAGGGUUGAUGAUGAUGAUUCUAAAUUUUGUUUGAUUUUUAUUUCUUAUACAUAGUUUACCAAGGUAAAGUCUUAAUUAAUAUAUAAAUACAAGUUUUAUGUUAAAAUUUUAAAAUUAAUCUAUAAAGUGUAUGUAUGUUUUAUAAUAUAUACAAUGUAGCUCAUUAAUAG